AUGGUGCCUCCACCGGCACCCCAAUCUGCUCCCCCUUUAAAUCGCAGUUCAACAGUACCUUACAUCCCUUCUGCACGAAGUAUUCCUCACGAGCGAUCGCAUCUUGCGCCAGAAGAUGCCAUAUUUCAAGCCUCACCACCUCGCAGACCAUCUGCGGCUGUCAACCAAUUGCGUAUGACAAAUGGAGAUGCUGGAAGAUUAAGAAGUAGAGGAAGACAUAAUGACAGAACUAAAAGUAGUAAUAGAAGACGGAAGGCUACUUGGAAGAAAUUGUUAUGGGUGAAGCAAUCUUAUCCAGACAACUAUACAGAUCAAGACACAUUUCUCGAACAUCUCCAAAGAAAUCCACGUCUUCAACCUUAUGACUUCUGGCCAUUGGUAGCGGACUCGACGGUUAUCGUACAACAUGUUUGUUCGGUCAUAAUAUUCGUCGUUUCUUUCGUUGGGAUAUAUCAGGAACAUGUAUCUCCGGUUUCUGUUGUUGGAUGGGGAUCUAUAGCUACCUUUUUAGGUUGGUUACUAUGGGAUUUAUGGAUAGGACAAGAAGAAAGUACUCGGCCAGCAUUUCUACCUCCGCAGCCAUUCUCGCACAAUAUAUCUGCAGCAAGCUCAUCACCAAAUCUAUUGGCAACAUCUGCAAAUGGACCAAGACAUUCUCCUUCAAUAUCAACAUCAUCUCUUCAAUCCACGGUCUCGAAUCAAACUCAACCACCUCCAACCCGACCAAUUUAUACACCACAUAAUCCACCUUUCUCUCAUCGCACAUCUCUUCGUCUUUCAACCGCCAAAUCAGCUCUCUUAAUAUACUUCACCCUCCUCGGCCUUUCUCCCAUUCUCAAAUCUCUCACCUGGUCUACCUCUUCCGAUUCCAUAUGGGCAAUGUCAUUUCUUCUCUUUACAAUUAAUAUAUUCUUCUUCGACUACGCCACCCCCUCCUCCUCCUCGUCAUCCGGCUAUCCACCCUCAAAUAUUAAAAAUAAAAACAUCCCCGCCAGUUUGAGUACGAAUGCUGCUCUUAUGGCCUCCACAGUCCUCGCUUCUCGCCUUCCUAGCACUGGCCAAGUCUUUAGCUUGACACUUUUCUCCAUCGAAGUCUUUGGACUCUUUCCUGUUUUCCGUCGUUAUACCCGCUUACAUUCUUUACGUGGUCAUCUAAUCCUUACGCUGCUACUCGUCUUUGGUGCAGGCGGUGGUGUAGGAUUGGUACUACCACAAUCAGGUAGAUCAGCCUGGGAUUGGAAAAGUGGAACAAUUGGUGUAGUAUUGGGUACAUUGAUUACGGGACUGGCUAUGGGUGGAUGCAGUUGGUGGUUAAUUGGGUUGCAAAAAUAUAAAAACGAGAUUCAUGGGCCAUGGGAUCCUGCGAGACCAGUUAUUAGAAGGGCUUGGGAUGAUUAUUAG